UCUCUCUCCCCUUCCACUCUCGUCGCCGACGCCGCGAUGGACGACGAGCAACGCCGCCAAGAUGACUGGGCCAAGGACCGCAAGAACCGCCUACCCACUUUUACCGAGGUUCUAUCCCGCCGUACGCGCCCGCCUGUGGAUUUGUUCAUGUUCUAUCUCUUCCUCCAGCGUGAAGGCGCAGAAGAUAUUCUAGACUUUUGGCUCGACGUGCAGCAGCACGAGAACCUCUGCCGCGCCUACUUCAAGGAUGUUCGCAAGUCGGGGCGGACCAUACGCGAAGACUGGCCCGAGUACUGGGACUACGCGCGGAGGCGAGGGUCAAUUUACGGUACAGUUGUCGGACUGAAUCCUCACACGGGCACGAAGCGGAGCACAGCGAGCACGGGGGACAUGAUGUCCGACCAGGAUAGGCAGAACCUUGCUGCAGCGGGAGACGAAAAGGCUGCUCGCAGUCCCAGCCCGCGCAUGACGUCCGUCUCCCCAGGACAGACUGCUGUCGGGACCGCUGAGCCGCCACGGUCGACAACUCCCUUCUCUCUGUCGGGCCGCACGCCCACGCUGUUCAAGCGUGCCUCGCGUGCGCCGACUAUCAUCCCUCGUUCGCAGGCGAUCACCCGACUGGACCUCAUCGCCUCUGCGGAACGCAUCUACUACCGCUAUCUCUCCCCAGCAGGUGCGGCUCCAGGAUCAAACGAGAAUCACGAGAUCUACCUACCGCCCGCGUUGCGCAUUCACUCGUUCCCCCUGAGCAGUAGCCACGAGCCGAAGUCGCAGACGGAGGUAGCGCUCAUGGCGCAGAUUCCGGACAUGUUCCACGCACAGAAGGAGUAUUGCUAUCGCGCGAUGGAGCAGGACGCGUUCCCGCGGUUCUUGAGGGCAAAGGCAUUCGGUAACCUGACGCCCGUCUCCUCGCUUGUGCGCCUCAUAGCGGGCCUGGUCAUCCUCUGGAUAGGGCUCGCGGCCGGUUUCUCCCUUAUCUUCCUCGACGUCCAGCCUAAGUCCAAGCGUUUCUUUCUGUUCAUACCGUACACGCUCGCCAUUCUCUUCCUCAUCUCGCAUCAGUAUGAGCUGGACCCCGUGCUCGUCUUUUUUGGCCAGUCCGAGUCCACGCCAUUCCGCACACUCCACAUCCGUGAGCCGUACGUUAAGAAGCUCCUCCUCGGCCGCGCGAUCUGGGUCACCGUCCUCGUCGCCGCCUGUACCGUUGCGCUCACGAUGAUCUUCUGGGCCGUCCCGGGACACCGACUAUGAGUUCGAGAAGAGGACCCAGCUGUGUCGUUGCAUGGUGCUAUGGGCCGCGUGAUGUUGUUUUGUGGCAGCGUUACGACAAUCUAAUUAUGUAUUUUUCUGCCGUCCAUUUCAACCCUGGACCGUGGCGUGGCGUUUAGGGCAGGCCUAUCGUAGGUACAGUACGCCCACUCCUGGCUCAUACUCUUCUCGUCUUCGUGUUUUCUUUGCAUGAUCUGCUUCGUCGUCGCACUUGUUUCCUCCCCAAUUACCCGUUCCACCUACCUUAUACCCUUCUUCUUAAAUCCGCUGUCGCUCCUUUGCCUCGUACCGGUCUUUCCUCCAUCGUUCUUCUCACUCUCCCCCUUCCUGCCUCAUUUGAGAGGUAUCCCACCCUCGUCGUACCCUGACGCUCGCUUGCGGGCCAUCCCGACUCACCCUCCACCUGGAUCCCUGAUGGAUAUAACCUUGAUUUAUGACAUGAAUGGCUGUAUGCUAGACGUGAUACCCAAGUCCGUCUGUAUCCUCGCGCGCUCUGCCUGUCCACAUUUGAGAUAAUAUCUGAAGAUCAAGUCAAUUGGAUACAUGAGAAGCGGCGUUGUUGAAGAUCCCAUCGUAACUUGGAAAGCUUGCUUGAACUGGUAUCUUCACGACGUACCCAGCGCGAGCGCUGUACCCUGGAGAGGUGACAUCGGCUUCCGCACCCGACUCGGACUUGUCGUCAACGCCGGUGUCAUAUGACAUGAAGGAUUCGCGGAGGCCGUUAGUAUGGAUUCGUCUAGCGUACGGGAUCAGAGGAAGGUCAGCGCUACUCAAGUACACGCCGUGACUUCGUGGGAGAGAACGACGUACCUACGUCGGACGACUAGCUUGGAUUGCGAGCCUUGAAGCGAAACGGCUAUGCUCGUAUCGUAACCGCUAACCUUGCCGCCCGUCGUAUUGCACUCGGCGUUUGCCCGUUAGACCAGAUGUGCCUCCGACUUGACGCCGUCUGAGUCUCGUUUGAAUCCUCACUUGUCAAACAUCCGACAGGUGUCGGCAUCAACUUUCGGUCCUUCGAUGGCUUCUGCUGUUGACGCACAUCUCCCCGGUCCGCUCUCAGUGCCACCUAGAUAUGCGGUGGAUGUGUGAAGCGCGCAUACCUGUCCAUGGCCAUGCAUAAAAGCACCUCCAGGAAACAUCGGAACCCUUAGCAAGCUCAAACAACAUCUUCUAAGCCUCAGUCUUCUCUUUGAGCAUCUGCCUCUGCUCUCUCGACGUUCAAACACACUAUCCACGAUGCCCGACUGGCCUCCCUACCCCUCCGGCCCUUUCACCGGCGAGUUCGUCGUCGGCGGGUUCGGCGGUACGCCCUUCCAAGCCUGCAAGUGGGUCAUGAACGAAAGUGCUCUCAUCGUCAAAGGGCUCGAAGUGUGGUACAACUCGAACUUCUUGCUCGGCGUCCAGGUCACAUUUUCCGACGACUCGCGCACCAGUGUCUUCGGACAGCCGAGCGACUCGCAUGCCAGCAUUACCUUCGUUCCGGGAGAGCGCAUCACCGAGCUGACUCUCUGGGGCAAUGGCCAGGGUACGCGCACCGGCCGGAUCCGUCUCACUACCAGCGCGGGCCAGACAUUCGACGUUGGCAAGAACACCAGUGGCCAGAAGGCGUACCCUGCUGGACUCGGCUCCGGCAUCCUCGUCGGGUUCGUUGGACGCUCUGGCGCUGCCAUCGAUAUGUUGGGGCCCGUCUUCCUUAAUGGCUCGGUCCAGUCCAUCUCCAUCUCCAACGUAGUCUACACCCCUCCCCUUACAGGGAGCAACACCGGCAUCUCCCGGCAGGACCUCGACAAAAUACACUACUACAACCCGCCCACCGCGAAGAGGAACCUCCCGUGGAAGUUCAACAACGAGGUGAAGCGCACCCAGACGACCACGUUCACCCAGUCGACCACGAGCACCUACGGAGUCACCGUCAGCACCGAGGUUUCCGCUGAGCUCUUCGGAGUUGGCGGUAAAAUCGGAGUUGGAUAUUCGUGGGAGGCCACUAAUACGCAGGAGACGAGCACAUCGACGUCGUUCGAGAAGACAGUUGGCUGGGAGAUUUCGGGCGAGCUCCAGCCGGGCGAGGGCAUCACGGCGACCUCGUUCUGCCAGCAGGGCGUGGGCCAUGCGAACUACACUGCGACCGUCACGCUCCUCCUUUCGGACGGCACGGUGAGCACGUACCAGGAGCCCGGUCAGUUCAACACGGUCGUGUACACCGAGGCCGAGGUGACUGUCAAGCCGGACAACUAGCUUGGUGCGGCCGGUAUCAGCUAGGUCUAGUGCCUCUUCCGGAAGUAUGAUCGAAGUAUCUGGAUUGGAUUGGUCUUAUGUGGUUGGUCUUAUGUUUUCGAUUGGAGUUGCAACUCGCGGUCGGCCU